AAACUUCAUCGAUCCUUCUCUAUCGCAUCAACCUAUAUCUAUCUUUUUUCUUCAUUUCGCUGUUCUGGAUACACUCUGCAUAUUAGAUAGAUCUAUCGGUUUAGGAGACAGGUGUUAAGCGACUCCGAUCUCGUCGAUAUCCAGAUCUCGAGCUACAUAACGUCAUCCCACUUCGAGCUUCAAUCAACUCCGCAACAGCUCCCAGCAGACUCGCCAAGAUAACACCAGUUGUUCGCAAAGCUUUUAGCUGCCAACACUAUGGCGGGUUGGUUCUCCUCCACUUCGCCGCUCGAUGAGCAAAUCGAGAGAGCUACGUCGUCGUCUUUGGAGGACAUUUCAUUGAACUUGGAGAUAUCCGAUCUCAUCCGCUCAAAGAGCGUCCAACCGCGCGAUGCAAUGAGAUCUUUGAAGCGACGCCUUGAAAACAAGAAUCCUAAUAUACAACUUGCUACUCUCAAAUUGACAGAUACAUGUGUCAAGAACGGUGGAUCGCAUUUCCUCGCUGAAAUUGCAUCGCGCGAAUUCAUGGACAACUUGGUCUCUCUACUGAAAUCCGAUAGCGUGUCGCUCAACUAUGAAGUAAAACAGAAAAUGUUGGAGCUCAUCCAGGCUUGGGCGCUAGCAUCCCAAGGAAGGCUGGAACUUAUCUACCUCGGAGAAACAUAUCGGAAGCUACAAAACGAGGGAUUCACUUUUCCGCCAAAGAGCGAAAUUUCUAGCAGUAUGCUUGACAGUAGUGCCCCGCCCGAAUGGAUCGACUCCGAUGUUUGCAUGCGGUGUAGGACGCCUUUCAGUUUCACGAAUCGAAAGCAUCAUUGUCGGAAUUGUGGUAAUGUCUUUGAUGCGCAAUGUUCUAGCAAGACUCUGCCUUUACCGCACCUCGGUAUAUUACAGCCAGUGCGAGUAGACGAUGGCUGCUACGCUAAACUUACGUCGAAGACUUUCCCAUCUGGUAGCAUUUCCGAACGCUCGGCAUUCAAGAAUAAUUCCAUCUCAAAGAACACCGCAUCGAUGGAGCCGCGAGCUGCUCGAGCCGAUUCGAGCUUCGACGAAGACUUGCGGCGAGCCUUGCAGAUGAGUCUAGAAGAAGCUGAAGGACGUGUGGGAUCCGGAUAUGUACCUCAGUCAAAACCAACACAAAGCAAACCCGCGUCGGUUCCGGAGACCAAUGAGGAGGAAGAUGCUGACUUAAAAGCUGCCAUCGAAGCAUCUCUGAAAGAUAUGGAGGUACAGAAACAGAAGCAUACUGAAGCAUUGAAGAACUCAGAUGCUACGAAAUUGCCUUCUGGUAGUGCCGUCAAUACAAAUGCACUGCCCAAGAAUCCCUACGAGCUCAGCCCUGUGGAAGCGGAGAAUAUUAAUCUAUUCGCGACACUUGUUGAUCGUCUUCAGCAUCAGCCACCGGGUACUAUCUUGCGUGAACCGCAAAUUCAAGAACUUUAUGAGAGCAUAGGGGCUCUGCGACCAAAAUUGGCCCGUACUUAUGGAGAAACAAUGAGUAAACAUGAUACGCUGCUUGAUCUCCACGCCAAACUUUCGACUGUUGUGCGAUAUUACGAUCGCAUGCUCGAAGAACGUCUAUCUAGCGCAUAUUCCCAUCAUAAUCUUGGGCCAUACGGUUCGGCGCCUCCAGGUGCACAACCCUACAAUAAGUACCCAACACUUGCUCAGCACCAGCCGGAAGGUGCUGGUGGAGUUGAAAACUUUUAUCUCUCAAACACAAUUCCCGAUCAGUAUAAACCAAAUGUUCAGCCUCAGCGUACAUCCAGCUAUAGUACUGUCACUCCAGACCAAGGAGUCAUCAGUCCUAGUCCGUAUCCGCAGUUGAACAGUGAAUACGGAGAACCCAGCUCACUCCAUUCGCCUCCACCACCGACAGAUACCAAGCCUUAUACAGGUCAAUAUAGCACAAUCCCGCCGGGGCCUGCUGGUGCACCAUAUCAACAGCCACAAAUCACUAGGCGCGAUUCUCAAUACUCUCAGCCUGCAACCGCUCCUGCUCCGUACGGACAUAAUGAGCCUCAAUAUUCCAACUACCCACAUCAAGAGCCUACUCAACAGGCCGGCCACGAUUCUCCCGCGUACCAAUACCCCCCACCGACGCAAUCAUAUCAGCAACCUUAUGCUCAACCACCACCCAAUAAUGCAGCAGAAGGAUCCUACCCGGCCUAUCCCGGAGCUCCAGCCGGUGCUGGAUAUCCUGCGCACUCGCAAGUGCCAGAAACCGCCGGUCCCAAACCGGUAGUGGAGGAGAGUUUAAUAGAGCUUUGAGGCAGGCAAUGGAAGUCUACGCUGUUCAUUUCUCGCUUGCCCAAUCCAGCUGUAAACCUUUCAUUGCAGCAUAUGAUACCAGUUAGCAUUGAGCCCUAUAAGAUAAUUUGUACCUCGUGUAGCUGUUUGUUGUACAGUAGAAUGACAAACCACCAUUUCGCGCUUC